UGCGACUCGAGCCUCGGAGAGGGUGACCCCAUCGGAGAGCCCGGGGUGCGGCGGGGGCCGGACAGCCGGUGACGCUGGGCCCUGCUUGGGACUGCGUGGAGGACGGGGCGGAGUUCACUGCGUUGGACACUUAGAGAACCUAAGUUGACUUCCUUAUUUUUCCUGACGUAUCCAGGCCCUGGAGGGACAGGAAAGCCAGAGAUGGACUGCUUGAGACUCACCCGGCUCUUUAUCCCUCGCCCUAUGGGACUGUCCAUCCUGCAACACCUUGAUCCUUGCAGAGCCAGGUGGGUAGGAGGCAGGGAGGGGCCUGCAUGGCUGAAGGCCAUGAGGCUGACUCGGCCGGUGUCAGUGGCCUUCAGCUGCUCCCUCUCUCAGCUGUCCCUCAGCCAGGGGAGCCAGAAGAAUAGGAACAGCCUUAGCUCUGACCCGAGCCAGCCCAGCCCCACAGCCACUCAGGAAGAAGAGGAGGAGGAGGAGAGCUUUGGGACCCUCUCCGACAAAUACUCCUCCCGGAGAAUGUUCCACAAAUCCACAGCCCAGUUGUAUAACCUACGGCUCAAGGAACAGAGUGUUGAGGAAGAUGAGGAAAGAGAACUGGAGCCAAAACCACGGCAGGGCCAGAAAAACACUCCGUACUGGUACUUCUUGCAGUGCAAAUGCCUGAUCAAGGAAGGAAAGCUGGCUGAGGCCCUGGACCUGUUUGAGAGGCAGAUGCUGAAGGAGGAGCGACUCCAGCCCAUGGAGAGCAACUACACAGUGCUGAUUGGGGGCUGCGGGCGGGCUGGCUACCUGAAAAAGGCCUUCAGGCUCUACAACGAUAUGAAAAAGCGGGACCUGGAGCCCUCAGAUGCCACAUACACGGCCCUGUUCAAUGUCUGUGCCGAAUCUCCCUGGAAGGACUCUGCUCUGCAGAAUGCCCUGAAGCUCCGGCAGCAGCUUCAGGCCAAAAACAUCCAGCUCAACCUGAAAACAUACCACGCCCUACUGAAGAUGGCCGCCAGGUGCGCAGACCUCAGGAUGUGCCUCGACGUGUUCAAGGAAAUUGUCAACAAAGGACACAUGGUCACAGAGGAGACCUUCAGUUUCCUGCUCAUGGGCUGCAUCCAGGACAAGAAGACAGGCUUCCGAUAUGCCCUGCAGGUGUGGAGGCAGAUGCUGAGUCUGGGGCUCAAGCCAAGCCGGCACAUCUACAACUUGCUGUUGGGGGCAGCUCGUGACUGUGGCCUGGGGGACCCAGAGGUGGCCUCAGAGCUGCUCCUGAGGCCCAGGGAAGAGAUAGCCCUGCUCCAGCCCCCGGGAGGCAAGCGGCGGGCAAGAGGAAGAGGCCAGGCCAAGGCAGGUGACAGCAUGUCAGCCAGGCUGCACGUGGAAGCCCUAGAGAGGCAGCUGCUUCUGGAACCUUCUCAGGUACUUGAGGGGCCUCCAGAGCCUCAGGAGGCCAGAUUGACCAGCAAGGCCCAGCCUGAGGUAGAAACCGAGGCAGAGCCUGACCACACAACGGCCCUCAUCCCAGUGGCCCUGAAUCCACCUCCCUUGCAGCCGGAGGUCAAUCUCCUGACCCUCAAGGCCAUCCCCCCGGCUGUGGUCUCCUUAGGGACAGUAACCACCCCCGCUGACAGGCUAGCCUUGAUGGGGGGCCUGGAGGGCUUCCUGGCCAAGAUGGCAGAGCACGGGCUCCAGCCCGACAUCAAAACCCUCACGCUGCUGGCUGAGGUGGUGGAGGCUGGGAGCCCCGCAGAGGCCUUGCUGCUGACCCUCCUGGACACGCACCAUGUGGAGGCUGAUGUGACAUUCUUCAACACACUGAUGAGGAAGAAAAGCAAGCUGGGAGACCUGGAGGGGGCAAAGGCGCUGUUGCCAGUCCUGGCAAAGAGAGGAAUCAUCCCUAACCUACACACGUUCUGCAACCUGGCCAUCGGGUGCCACAGGCCAAGAGAUGGUCUGCAGCUACUUGCAGACAUGAAGAAAUCCCAUAUGAUGCCCAACACCCACAUCUACAGCAGCCUCAUCAACGCGGCCCUCAAGAAGCUCAACUACACCUAUCUCAUCGACAUCCUGAAGGACAUGAAGCAGAACAGAGUCCCGGUGAAUGAAGUGGUCAUCCGCCAACUGGAAUUUGCGGCUGAGUACCCACCCACUUUUGACCGGUACAAAGUGAAAAACACCUACUUGGAGAAGAUAGAUGGCUUCCGAGCUUAUUAUAAGCAGUGGCUGAAAGUGAUGCCAGCAGAGGAAACCCCCCACCCCUGGCAGAAGUUCCAGACCAAGCCCAAGGGGGACCAAGACAUUCUCAAGGAAGCUGAUGUGGACAGAGGCCUUGGGGGCAGGUGACAGGGAGCAUAGCUGGAAUAAAGUACCUGGUUGUUUGUUAUAGUGCUUCGUGGGAGCCCCAGGAGUGCCCUCCAUAUUAAAGACAAGUGAACAUGC